UCUCUCUGGUCCAUCUUUGUCAAAGUCCCUCAAUUUAUUGAUUUCUAAUGUCGUUUCUACAAACCGUGUUUUUAUUUUGCAGAUGAUGAUAGAUAUAUAGGAGACGGAAUUCUUGAAUUGGUUCUACAAACAAUGCGAACGAACUCCUAAUCUUUUGUGUGGAUCUAUAAAAAAAAUAUUGUGUUGUGUGCAUAAAUAUGGAUGCCUCGCGGGUAGAAGGAUGUUCUUCCUCUUCCGUACCCAUCUCAACACAAUGGGUAUAUGACGUUUUCGUGAGUUUCAGAGGUGCCGAUACUCGUAAAAAGUUUACCAGCCAUCUGUUUGCUGCGUUAGAGAACAAUGGUUUUCGCACAUUCAGGGACGACAAAGAGCUCGAAAGAGGAGAAUUUAUUAGCGAUGGACUACUGAAAGCAAUUGAGGGUUCCCGAAUUUCUUUAAUAGUGUUCUCAAAAGACUAUGUUGGGUCGAGGUGGUGCCUUGAUGAACUUGUGAAGAUCAUGGAUUGCAGGGAGACUUUUAAACAGAUUGUUGUGCCCAUCUUUUAUGAUGUUGUUCCAUCCGACGUGCGGAAGCAGACGGGGGCUCUUCAAGAUGCAUUUGCCAACCACAAAAAACAUCUUAGAGAGGAACCAGAUGGCAAGGUGGAAAAGUGGAGGGGAGCUCUUACUAAAGCUGCCAAUUUGUCAGGUCGACACUUGCUGAAUGACGGAGAUGAAGCAGAGUUAAUUAAGAUGAUCAUUGAAGAUGUUAGAAAAGUAAAUCCAACACAUCUAAAUGUUCCAGACCGCCAAGUUGGACUAGACCCACUA